AUGGCGUCUACUGCAAGUGCUGCAUUGAAAUCCAGAGUGCGUCGUCCACAAUUCCUUCAAAAGGUGAUGAAGGCUGAAGACACCCUCCCCAUGUUUAAGCCUGGGCAAUAUUUGGGAUGGUCAGGGUUUACAGGUGUUGGAUAUCCAAAAAUGAUUCCAGCUGCUUUGGCAGAUCACGUGGAAAAGAAUAACCUACAAGGGAAGCUCAAGUUUAAUUUAUUCGUGGGUGCAUCCACAGGUGCCGAAACAGAAGAUCGUUGGGCCACGUUGGAUAUGAUUGAUCGGCGUUACCCACAUCAAGUUGGCAAGAACAUAAAAAAGGGCAUCAAUGCUGGAAGAAUCCGAUUUGCAGAUAAACAUCUAUCAAUGUUUCCUCAGGACCUUGUUUAUGGCUUUUACACCAAGGACAAACCUGAUAAUGACAAGCUAGACAUUAUGAUUGUGGAGGCAACAGCUAUUCAAGAGGAUGGUGGUGUUGUACUUGGUGCAUCCGUUGGAGCGUCUCCUGAGCUUCUACAAAUGGCGGAUAAGAUUAUCAUUGAAGUCAACACUAAAAUACCUUCUUUUGAAGGCUUGCAUGAUAUUACCAUGUGCCGUAAACCACCGAGCCGACUCCCUUACUUGGCUCUCGGCACUGAGGAUCGUAUUGGCACUGCCGCUGUUCCAAUCGAUCCUGAUCGCGUUGUUGCCGUAGUGGAAAGUGAUCGACCUGAUAAUACUGGUCCCAAUGCACCGGCAGAUGCCACCUCUGAAGCCAUUGCAGGCCACUUAAUAGAAUUCUUGUCACAUGAGGUGCGUCAUAAUCGUUUACCAAAAAACUUGCUUCCUAUCCAAUCAGGUAUCGGCAAUAUUGCAAAUGCAGUGAUCGGUGGUCUUGCAGAUGGUCCUUUUGAGGAUGUCUCGGUGUUCACCGAGGUGCUUCAAGAUACGUUCCUUGACUUUUUUGAAUCCGAGAAGCUAAAAUACGCCAGUGCGACAUCAAUCCGCUUUUCACCAGAAGGAUUCAAAAGAUUUUAUGACAAUUGGGAGUAUUACAGGACCAUGCUUGUGCUGCGAUCACAACAAGUGAGCAAUUCCCCUGAGCUUAUCCGAAGAUUGGGAUCCAUUGCUAUGAACACGCCAGUGGAAGUGGAUAUCUAUGCACAUGCCAACUCGACCAUGGUGUGUGGUAGCGGGAUGCUAAAUGGUAUUGGUGGAUCAGCCGAUUUCUUGCGUAACGGCAAGUACAGCAUUAUGCAUACACCAUCAGCACGUCCUACCAAAACAGAUCCAACAGGCAUUUCAUGCAUUGUUCCCUUUGCCACCCAUGUUGAUCAAACGGAGCAUGACUUGGAUGUUGUUGUCACUGAGCAAGGCUUGGCAGAUGUACGAGGCUUGUGUCCUCGAGAUCGUGCUCAAGUCAUCAUCGACAAGUGUGCUCAUCCAGACUAUAAACCACUACUUCAAGAAUAUCUCGAUUCAAGCACAAGGACUUGUAUGGCUGCUGGUCGUGGUCAUGAACCCCACGAUCUCGAACGCUGCUUUAAGAUGCACAUAAACCUCCUGAAAAAUGGCACAAUGAAAAUCGAUUCGUUUUAA